CCGAUUUGGUAACAUCAGUACUUCCGGUCGUGAUUGUUCUCAACCAUGCAGAGCCAGCUCGGUGUGGAGAUCUUCCUCCAGUCCUGCCCUCAAUACAAUACAUUGACUUGAGGUGGGUCGAAUUUUCCAGUUCCUGGUUACGCAGUCUGUUCAGCACGCUACUGACACUCGAUCACGAGGUGCAGUGUAUCAUAACUCGCUGUUAUAUUACAUCGACUGUAGAGGGCUCUGACAGAGAAACCGAACUUAUAUCGACAAAUAUAAGAACGGGAUUUAACAAUACAUUCUACGCGCAACACUGUUUAUUGUUUAGGAAGUCUCUACAUGGUUUUGGGGAGGCUCUACAUGGUCUGAAUAUCAAAUGGCUGCGUAUCAAUGUGGAAUACGCGAUACUGAACCGUUCAGACUUUGUAGUUUUCUUAUAUAAGUCACUUCCAUCACUCUCAUCACUGGAGAAACUUGAUGUAUGUGUGGACGAUAUCAGUCCCGAUUUGUGUGACGAUCUGCACAGUCUGAGUAUCAAGAGUGUGACUUUGAGUCAGAGGGGUGGGUGGAGGGGCUUGAUAGUAAAUCAUGUAUCACAGUUAUCACAGGUUCUCAUAUCGCCCACUCAGAUGGAAACUAUUAUUAUUGACGUGAAUGCCCAUCCAGAUCUGUUAGAGGCUCUGUGUGGUCGGAAUAUAAAUAGUCUCUGUCUAUUUGGAAGUGGAGAACAUUUGGAAGUGAAAAAUGUAUCGGCGUUGUGUAGGUCCCUCUCGUCUCUCAAACAGCUUGAUAAGCUUGAUGUUAUCGUGAACAAUGACACUCCUGGUCUGUGGCAGGCCCUGCAUGGUUUAAAUAUUAAGAGUCUUAGUCUGAGUGGUGGAAAAACAGGUUUGAUAGUGAAUCAUGUAUCGGCGUUAGCACAAUUACUGGCAUCGCUCAUACACCUAGAAACGCUUAGUAUUAAAGUCUCUAAAUACAAUCUCUGUCUAUGGGAGGCUAUCCACGGUCUGAAUAUUAAGUGUUUGAGUCUUUGUAACUUAGGUCAAUUGGAUCACAUAUCGUCGUUAUCGCAGUCACUAGCAUCGCUCACAAAUCUGGAAACGCUUUGUGUAAAAUCCCCUUGUGGAGGCGUUCCCCGUCUAUUGGAGACUGUCUGUGGUCUGAAUAUUACAUGCUUAAGUAUUGGCUUAAGUAUUGAAGCGAGUGAUACCUGCCAACAACUAUGGGAGGCUCUCAUAGGUCUGAAUAUCCAGAGUCUGAGUAUGAGUGGUUUUCUUCAUAUGCGGAAGAACAUACAAGAGGAACAUACGAUAUCUCCGUCUUUGUCAUCGCUCUCACAACUGCAAAUGCUUACACUAUAUGUAAGUCAUUUUGACGACAUACAGCUACCUCAAUCAUUGAAGUAUUUAAAUAUCUACUGGUGUGAUGAAGAGUAUGACUUCCCAUUAAGCGAUAUUGUGGGCAUGCUGUCUGCAUGUACUCAGAGAAUUGAGAUUAAACUUGAAUGCGGUGUCACAUUUACUGAGUCAAUAGAGGGAUACAAAAUAGAAAUAGAGACGCUGAAAAAUGUCAAGAUGACACGAUUUCUGAUAUAUACCUGGAAACCCUCAAUAGAAAAUGGUUCUGAUUGGUGUGUUCAGAAAGUUGUUGUUGGUGUUGAUGGUAAUCAUGAUGAUGAUAUUGGUGAUGAUAAGCUAUAUAAACAAUUCAUAGACGAUGUGGCUGAUUUGCAUCGUAUUUCUGUGAGAUUUCGGAUUAAUUAAGAUCCAGUUUCGAUCUUACAUGAAUAAAAAUAGUUCUUAAUAAAUUCGUCUUAAUUUCUUAUAUAUCAUGUACCAUUAUUUUCAUUGUCCAGAAGUGUUCCGGGUUGCUGCGUUACGAGAGCGAUUGAAUCUUACUUAAACGUUUAUUUGUUGUACUACUACAAUUAAUAUUUAUGCUUUUUAAGUGUUUAGUGUCUGUAUUUUGUUAUAAUGAAUUGCUUUAUUGUUCAAAAGUGUAUAUAUGUGUAUUGUUGCUGUAUGAUAAUUGCAAUAUCUCACCAAAGCAAAUAGUGCUCAUGGGGAGCUUUUGAGAAACCUUUUUUUCGUCGUCCGUCAGUCUGUGCUUGCGUUCCUUACUGAACCUAGAGAUUUAUCCUGCUUGGCAGAUUUUAAGGGUACUUUUCAGAAAUUAUCACCGGGCCUUAUUCUUUCAUCUUUCUUUCUGAACGUUUUAGUCUGUUGAAUAAGUACAAAGUAUCAAAGGAGCUAAAAUAGAUUUUUGAAAAUGAUAACUUCACAAAUCUUCUCUGACAACACAAGGGCCAGGGGUUUAAUAUUUUGCGUGAAACAUCAUGUGUUGGUGUUCACAUGAUUAAUAUAGCUUGAAUAAAUAUUUACUUUAAAGGGACUGUCAACCGCGAUUGACGAAAAAAUAAAAGUUCUAAAAUACCGUAUUUUUUUACAUUUAUUAUUAUAUAUUGAUUAAAAUAUCACGACUGGUACAUUACUUAAAACACGUUCAUAUUUUCCGUAUAUUCGGUAAUACAAUUUCGCGUGAAUUUUUGUGAAAUCAAAAAUACAUCGCGAAAAUAGGUGACAUAACGAUUUACACACUACAAAUAUCGCAAGUAGAUUGAUCAUUUUACAUAUAAAAUACCGGUAUAUACAAUUCACUACGCGUGCACAAUUUGCAUUCCUGGGUUAACCACGUGACGAUGAUGAUCAAUCUGCUUGCGUUAUUUAUAGUUAACUGGUAGUUACCUGGUACCUGUACCCAGUAAAAUUUAUUACCGAAUAUAAUGAAAAUAUGAAAUUUUAACAACUUUUUUCAAGUAAUGUAAUAUACCAGUCGUUAUAUUUUAGUCAAUAUAAACUAAUAAUUGUAAAAAAUACACUAUUUUAGAACUUUUCUUUUUUCGUCAAUCGCGGUUGACGGUCCAUUUAAAACUCUUCUUCUAUGAACUGCAAGGUUCAUGGAUUUAAUAUUUAGUGUGUAGCAUUGUGUUACGAGCCUCAUCAAGUGAUAUUCGAAUAAUGUGCCAGAAAAAAAAAACGCGCCGCACUAGUGGUUUACUGGUUUUCCUAAUAAGUGUGAAGUUAAUUCUUUAAAACUCUUAUCUUCUGAAACCACAUGAUUAUAAGGUUUGUUAAUUGGUAGUUCACAUUUUAUAAUGAUCCUUUGCAUCUCUGCUAAGUUUGUGUUAAUAAUAACCCUGUGUUAAAGACAAGCUUUGUUAUAUGAACAUAAAUAAUGGAUAACGUAAAACAUCUUCUCUGAAACCGGAAGGGUCAGUGUUUUUAGAUAUUGUUUAAUAUUAAAUGGUUAUCAAAUACUAAGUUUGUUCAAAUCAUGAGGCCAAAAUUAACCACAUUCCAGGGGUCACAUGAUUUAUAUUGACUUUUAAGUUAACAACUUUAAAAAAUAUUCUCUGAAACUCCAAGGGUAUUGGGUUUGAUAUUUCGUGUGUGACAUUGAUUGGCGGGUAUGGGGUUUGAUAUUUGGUGUGCGACAUUCAUUGGCGGUCCGUUAAUAAGUUUGUUAAAAUCAUGACCCUGGGGUAACAAUCUAGCUCACCCUAUCGGCUACUUGUUUUAUCAGUAUAUUAUUAUUAAUAAAAACUGUAAUUUGUUAUUACAUCGUCUAUGGAAAUAUCAAAUGUGUGUCAUACAGAGUACAAAACCUCUGGUUAAGCCACAGUUAUUACUAAAACAUCACAAAGUUCGCACAUUACAUAUUUUAUUUACAUAUUUCAUGAGAUUGACCGAAGGCUGUUGUGCCAUCUUGUCUAAAUAUAACGUUGGUAGAAGCGUUGUCGUGUUUUAGUCCCUGCUGGAGUGGAUUAUAGGGUUACCCCCUGGUCGUCCGUCUGUCCUAUCUGAAAACAAGCUGGAUCCUGCAAUAGCUCAACAAUUACUUAAUCUUUGUUGAUUAAAAUAAGAAUAUGGAUAGGGGACCGUAUGGUUUAUAUGCACAUUAUUUCGUCAUGUUUUUCGUGAUUUCUAUGGUUGCAGACAUAAUUUAAGACUUAUGUCGAGAAAUUGUCAUAAGAUUAACAUACUUUAGUUAGUUUAAUGAACCUUAUGGAGAUUCUGUUCUAACUCUCUUGAUAGAGCACUAUAUGAUGUCUUUGGCAAAGCUUUUGUUUAAAUUGUUUUGUUUGCGUACAUUUGAUCAUAAUACUAAAGAUGUUAUAAUGUUUACGUGAUGAUUAGUUGAUGAUGGUGAUUCUAAUGUUGAAUGAGAAGAUGAUAAUGAGGAAUGUUAUAUAGGAGAGUGAAAUAAUUAACACGUGCAUUUAAAUGAGAGUACUGUUGUGCCAUAAUUUAAUAAAAUUCGUAACCAAGAGCAUUAUUUUAAACUAUAACAAAAAUGUAUGUGAACCACAGUAUUUGUAUAGUCAAUGUUUAUGCUCAAGAACAUUACUACAAAAUAGACAAUUUACUGAACGUUUGUAGACCAUGUCCUCUAAAUAUAUUAAAUAACAAAUACUGAUCUCUGUUAAUAUAUUGUUAUUACUAGUCAAGUAUAACCAACUUUAUUUGAUAUGUUAAGUGACUUAUAUGUACGGAAUUUAUUGUAUACUCGUACGUCUUCCAUGGGAAUGUGCCCUAUCGUUUUGUAGGCCUGGAAUAAAUUAACAUCAAUACUUUCUGAGCAAUUAUUUUUAUUCGUGCUGAACCUUACAUAUUUAAUAUGUUAGGCAUUAACCUGUCGUGUUUUCAUCAUACCUGCAUGCCCCCAUUCUCUCUCAAAUACUAAAUUAUAAUCGAGUUAUCACUGAAACGCAUUUUUCACAGGAAUGCACAUGUUUACGACAUUUCACAUGUAAAUCAUGAGCACUUUCACUUACUAUUUGAAACAUAUGUUGUUUUGCAGUUUUGUUGCUUUUGUAUUAAAAUUAAUUUCAGAUU